AUGUGCGGGGAUCAGCUGCUGUGGGUGGCGGUACAUGAGCGGAUUAACGCCGCCGCUAAAGACGUUUUACAGCAGCUGGAAAACGUAAAAAAAGAGGCUAAACUCCGGACACUGAAAACUCUGCUCACCGAGAGGCUGACAGCGGCGGCGGAGGAGAUCAUCGCUCUGUUUAAGAGAACGGUGGUGGAUUAUGAGGACCGAGUGCAGCGGUCAGAGCAGGAGAUCUGCCGCCAGAAGAGGCUGCUCGAUGUUGUACUAAACCCACUAGUCAAGUUGCAAAAAGCGGAUAAAUCUGAGCUUUUUGCACGCGCAGAAGCCGCAUCACCAUCAGCCUGCGAUUCAUCCGCUCACAGUUCCAGUUCCGGUCAGCUUCAGAAUAAAAGUCCUGGCGAGCUGAGAGAAGAGAAGACAGACCACGAAGAGGAGGAAGCUGCGGACAGGGAUUCUCUGCAGAAUGUGACCCUGAAUGUCUCGAACCAUCAACCUGCAGUUGGUCCAGCAGACCUGGAUCAGUCCGACUCUGAAAGUGAUUCUUACUUUCCAUCGCCUUGCUCCCCACUACCGUCUCUCCGCCUCGAUUCCUCUAUAAGCAGCGAUGAAGAUCCUGAUGAGGAGUGGACCAAGCACAGCCAGAUGUUUAAAUCUGCAGGGAAAAGGAAGAGAGGCCAGUCACCUGGAUCUGUUGGGAAAAAGAAGAGAGGUCGGCCUCUCGGCUCUUUUGGGGAAAAGAAGAGAGAACUGCUGAAGCUUGAAUCUUUAGGCAUUGUGAAAAAACGAAAGCGCUCAAAGCCGACUCAGAGCUUCAGCUGCUACGUGUGCGGUCGUGUUUGUCCAGGGAAAGGAUUCUUGCUCCAGCAUGCCCUAAGGGUCUGUUUCAAGAACCCGGACUUCCGCUGCGGCUUCUGUGGGGACCCCUUGGACUCAUCCGGCAGCCUGAUGGCUCACCUGCAGGCUCACCAGCAGAACAGCAAAACCUGCUCCUUCUGCGGGAGAACCUUCGCCUCCAUCCUUUCGCGGGACCUCCAUGUCCGGCUGCACACCGGUGAGAAGCCUUUCAGCUGCCACGAGUGCGGCAAAAAGUUCAGUCAUAAGAGCUACCUGAUGUCUCACAUGCACGUCCACGCUUCGGAGAAACCUUUCAAAUGUAAAGAAUGCCCUCGUGCCUUUUGUCACAUGACUUCGUUGGAGCGCCAUGCGAAGGAGCACGCUGAAACAUCUGUCCACACCUGCAGCGUUUGCAGUGAGAAGUUCCAUGAGCGGCAGAACCUACAGAAACACAUGACGACCCAUCGGAAACUUACUGCUCCCAGAAUGAAAAGCUCACACUUGUGCAGAAUUUGCGGGGAAGUCUUUGAGCUGAAGAAACUGUUAAUUAAUCACGGAAGGACUCAUGCACAGGAUCCAAACUGCUGCUGUGCAGUUUGUGGAGAACAGUACGACUCCACCGUCAGCCUCGCCACGCAUCUGCAAUCCCACCGUUGUAUCGGCUCCACCUGCGAAACCUGUGGGAAAUAUUUCCCGGGUCGGUCAGCGUUGCUAAUGCACCGGAGGAUUCACACGGGAGAGAAGCCCUUCACCUGCAGCCAUUGUCCAAAGGCCUUUAACCAGAUUGGCAACCUCAAAACGCACCUGAAGAUUCACACAGGUGAGCGGGCUUUCUCCUGUAGCAUCUGCGGCAAAAACUUCACCCAGAAAGGGACUCUUGACACACACAUCCGCUUCCACAACAAGGAGAGGCGCUUCCUGUGUCAGGUGUGCGGGAAGGGCUUCAUGCAAGGUGAAGACCUGAGGAGACACAUUCUGAUUCACACCGGAGAGAAACCAUACGUCUGCAAGGUCUGCGGGAAGAGCUUCCAGGCCAGACGAUCUCUCAACGGACAUGUGAAAGCGCACACAGCUGAGGAGGCGACUGGACCAGAGCAGGACGGUGACCGAGACACAGAAGACGAGCUGCUCGACAGGUUUCCUCCAGCUCUAAACCAGGAUCAGACUUCUGUCCCAGUUGGAGACUCCAACUGGUCUUCGGUGUUCAGUUCCUUUAAAUAUUAG